GGCCGGGGUGUGUUUAUUUGGGUAUAUACAAUGAGUCACGGAUUAAAAUUGCUUUUAGCGGAUAGCUACUUAGGUGUUCCACAGCGUUAAUGAACAAGCUGUCGUCAUUUCCCCAUUACCUCAGAAGACCUCCUUAGUUGCUUAGUUAUAUUAAUGGUAGAACGUAUUUAGGCAUACCAGGCUCGACCUCUGGGCUUUCUGUUCUGUUCCAGAGACCCAGUAACAGAAUAUUUAAAUCACCGUGGCGUUAAAUACGUUUUAAUAUCUGAUAGGGCCAGUUUCUGCGCAUUGCACAUUUUUUUUUUCCCUUUCAGGAACGUGUUCGGGCCCGCGGCAGGGGGCGGGGUCGCGCCUCCGCCGCGGCUCCGGUUCCAGCCGAGCCUCACGGACGCAGAGAUGGAAAUCCCGAAGCUGCUCCCGGCUCGCGGGACCCUACAGGGCGGCGGCAGCGGCGGUAUCCCCGCGGGCGGCGGCCGGGUCCACCGAGGCCCUGACCCGCUGGCGGGCCAGGUCCCCACGCGCCGCCUCCUGCUGCUCCGAGGCCCCCAAGAUGGCGGGCCCGGGCGGCGGCGCGAGCAGGCCCGCACGGCUUCACGGGGCCCGGGCCCGAGCCUGUUGGCGCCGAGGCCGGAUCAACCUAGCGGCGGCGGCAGCGGCGGCGACGACUUCUUCCUGGUGCUGCUUGACCCGGUGGGUGGCGACGUGGAGACCGCGGGCUCGGGUCAGGCCGCAGGGCCUGUGUUGAGGGAGGAGGCCGAGGCGGGCCCGGGGCUCCAGGGGAGCAAGAGCGGCGCGAACGCCGGGGGCCGCCCUGCGCUGGGCCCUCGCUGCCUGUCCGCGGUUUCCACUCCGGCCCCCAUCUCCGCCCCCGGCCCCGCCGCGGCCUUCGCGGGCACAGUCACUAUCCACAACCAGGACCUGCUGUUGCGCUUUGAGAACGGCGUCCUCACCCUGGCCACGCCCCCACCACACGCUUGGGACCCGGGGGCCGCGCCUGCCCAGCAGCCCGGGUGCCUGAUCGCCCCGCAGGCCGGGCUCCCGCAGGCUGCGCUCCCGCAGGCCGCGCAGUCCGGUGACUGCCCUGAGCUGCCGCCGGACCUCCUGCUGGCCGAGUCGGCCGAACCCGCGCCUGCCCCGGCGCCCGAGGAGGAGGCGGAGGGCCCGGCCGCCGCCCUGGGCCCCCGCGGACCGCUGGGCUCGGCCCCAGGCGUGGUGCUGUACCUGUGCCCCGAGGCGCAGUGCGGGCAAACCUUCGCCAAGAAGCACCAGCUGAAGGUGCACCUACUGACGCACAGCAGCAGCCAGGGCCAGAGGCCCUUCAAAUGCCCCCUGGGUGGCUGCGGCUGGACCUUCACCACCUCUUACAAGCUCAAGAGGCACCUGCAGUCGCACGACAAACUGCGGCCCUUCGGCUGCCCGGCGGAGGGCUGCGGCAAGAGCUUCACCACCGUGUACAACCUCAAGGCGCACAUGAAGGGCCACGAGCAGGAGAACUCGUUCAAAUGCGAAGUGUGCGACGAGAGUUUCCCCACGCAGGCCAAACUCAGCGCCCACCAGCGCAGCCACUUCGAGCCCGAGAGGCCUUACCAGUGCGCGUUUUCCGGCUGCAAGAAGACGUUUAUCACAGUGAGUGCUCUGUUUUCCCAUAACCGCGCCCAUUUCAGGGAACAGGAACUCUUCUCCUGCUCUUUUCCUGGCUGCAGCAAACAGUAUGACAAGGCCUGCCGGCUGAAAAUUCACCUGCGGAGUCACACCGGCGAGAGACCUUUCCUUUGUGACUUUGAUGGCUGUGGCUGGAACUUCACCAGCAUGUCCAAACUCUUAAGGCACAAAAGGAAGCACGACGAUGACCGGAGGUUCACCUGCCCCGUGGAAGGCUGUGGGAAGUCUUUCACGAGGGCCGAACAUCUGAAAGGCCACAGCAUAACCCACCUGGGCACGAAGCCUUUCGUGUGCCCUGUGGAAGGCUGCUGUGCCAGGUUCUCCGCUCGCAGUAGCCUCUAUAUUCACUCCAAGAAACACCUGCAGGAUGUGGACACUUGGAAAAGCCGUUGCCCGAUCUCCACUUGUAACAAACUCUUCACAUCCAAGCACAGCAUGAAGACGCACAUGGCCAAAAGGCACAAGGUGGGCCAGGAUCUCUUAGCUCAGCUGGAAGCGGCAAAUUCUCUUACACCCAGCAGUGAACUUACCAGCCAGGGACAGAAUGAUCUCAGCGAUGCAGAGAUAGUGUCUCUCUUCUCCGAUGUGCCUGACGGCACUUCUGCUGCAGUGCUGGACACGGCAUUGGUGAACUCGGGAAUCUUGACUAUUGACGUGGCUUCCGUGAGCUCCACUCUGGCGGGGAACCUCCCCGCUAAUAAUAAUAAUAAUAAUAAUAAUUCCUUAGGGCAGGCUGUGGACCCUCCGGCCUUGAUGGCCACCAGCGACCCUCCUCAAAGUCUGGAUACCUCUCUCUUUUUUGGAACGGCCGCCACGGGUUUUCAGCAGAGCCCCUUAGAUAUGGAUGAGGUCUCAAGUGUAACUGUGGGGCCGUUGGGAUCUCUGGGCUCUUUGGCCGUGAAAAACUCCAGUCCAGAGCCCCAGGCUUUGACACCCAGCAGUAAGCUCACGGUGGACACAGACGCUCUGACUCCUUCGAGCACCCUUUGUGAAAACAGUGUCUCAGAACUACUGACGCCAACCAAAGCGGAGUGGAACGUACAUCCUGACUCUGACUUCUUUGGACGGGAGGGAGAGGCCCAGUUCGGAUUCCCCAAUGCGGCAGGAAACCAUGGUUCUCAGAAAGAAACAGAUCUUAUCACUGUGACUGGCAGCUGCUCAUUUUUGGUAUGAACCGACUCUAUAUUCAUUCCUCGCCAUGUGGCUUACUUUUAUUACAGUCCAUUUUGAGGAUAUUCUGGACUAAAUGUUUAAGUGCAGUCAUUUAUUUGUGGUUUGCAAAAAGAGCACAGCCCUGGACUACAAGUUUGGAGAUCUAAAUUCUGACCUUGAGUCUGGAACUGACAAGUUGUGUGACCCUGAGCAAGUCACUUAACCUAUCUGAGCCUUAAUUUCCUUAUUUAUAAAUUGAGGUGGUUUGAGUAGAUUGC